CUCUGCGCUGAGCAUGGAGAACGGGACCCAGGAGGAGCAUUGUCUUGAGGUGAUGGAUGAGGACUAACCGGUACUAACCUAGUACUAACCCAGCAUACGCGCCUGUUGCCGCCACCUCUCUCUAACCGCAACGACCACAUACCCUUCCUGUCGUUCACGAUGGCGAAGUCUCAGGAUAGCUUCAUGUUUACUGUUGGCAAGCUAGAUGCUGGCAUGGCCAUUCUUUUGGGUGAACGUGCCCAUCUUAUCGAGUUCCCGUCAUUGCUGCUCCCCCCGGGUGCAACGACGGGGUCUAUCGUAAACAUUUCCGUUUCGCGCAACAUCGCAGAGGAGAAGAAACGCGAUUCGGAAUUCUGGGACCUCCAGAAUAACAUCCUGACGAACUACGGUGUCAAGACGCCAGAACCUCCUAAGCUCGAGGUUCGCAAUGUCACUCAGACGUCGGUCACCUUGGAAUGGCCAAAGCUAGAGCUUGCUACGGCUAAACUACGUUCCCUCGAUAUCUAUCGCAACCACCAACGUCUCGCUGCUAUACCUUCUCCUCUUACAAAUACCUCGACCAAAUUGUCUGGACUUGCCAUUGACACCGAGUACAGGUUCCACCUCGUCAUGCGUACUACCGCUGGGACAUUCCAGUCCAACAUUCUCCGCGUGCGCACGCAUACUAUGACUGACACUUCUGGUAUCUCCGUUUGCUUCGGUAACGUACAGGAUCCCGUCUUGCUGGAGAAUGCGAAGCUCGCUUUGCGUGAGAUGGGUGCGAAAUGGAGCGACAAGAUCCAAAUCGAUACAACGCACUUCGUCUGCACCACACCUGCGGCGACGCCGAGCGGAGCGCAAGCUACGGGCAGUAUCUCCAGUUCUCCAGGAGUUGAAUACCAGAAGGCGCUGCAGCUGAGUAUACCCGUCGUCCAUCCAAAUUGGAUUCUCGCUUGUCAUACGGAGAAAAAGAUGAUCCCAAUUCAUCCGUACUACCUUGGUGCUAGUUCAUCAACGCCUAUCAGUUCUGCGCCUUUCUCGCGCCCACAGUCCAUGUCACAGGUCACUCUUCCUUCGCCCUCGUCUCGCGCCUCUCCAACUCAUGCGAAGACCAACAAUCGUCAAUCAAUGCCGCCACCUCAGCGUGUUACGGCAUCCUCGCCACCAGCGUCAUCCUUCGUCAAUCAAACGCAACACAUCAAACCGAUUGAGCCGACACCUGAAGAGGAGGAGGAGGAACCAGAAAACGGGGGUCUCAAGGUUAUCGGUGAUAGAACUGACGAAGAGUCGGAUCAGGAUGACGCAGAACGAGCUGGUCGCACUCGUAAGGGCACAAUGAGCAAGAAUUUCCGAUUCCCACCUACAUCGGCGGAGGCUCCACCACCUCCAGUUCCUGAUCUUCCUCCGCUUCAACAGCAACAGCCUAAACACGAGCAGGAGCAGCAAUCGCGUCAACCAGAUCAUGAGUCGAUCGAUACAGAGGACGCCUCACUAUCCGUUGUCCCUAACAUCAUCACACCAUCUGCAGUGGAAGUUCCGCCACCUCCUCCGGUUGAGAAGGAGCGGUCUCCUGGAUUAUCGAAUGAGGUGGGAGACGAAGAGCUUGGGGAGACGGAGGAGAUCUCAUUGACCUGAACAUUAGCACUGUGUCCGUAAUGUUUUAUCUGGCUUAUUUAUACAGAAGAAUGUAUUAGAAUCAGGGUUAGGAAGCCGUCAGGGAUUAGGGCGAAGUGGACGAGCGUCUGUGGAGGGAAAGCCUAACCUGGUUGAUAUAGAGGAUAAAGGAGUUGAGUAGUUACGAAGUACGCAUGCGGAUUUUGUUGAAGUGGGGAGAUGAUGAUGAGAUAUAUGGUAAGAUGAAGCAGAGAUAUGAAAUUGGACAAGUAUGCAGGAUGGGAGAAGAGGUUGAUGUGAAGUACGCAUGCGGAUUUUGUUGAGUGUAUGGGUCAAAGUACAGAUAAGAUAUGAGUAUGGACUCUGGUAAGAGCAAUGUCGAUGGAGUGAUUGAAUUGAUGGAAGCCAUGCAUUAAAUUGAGAAUGUCAAUUUAUACAGAAAAAUGUAUUAGAAUCAGGGUUAGGAAGCCAUCAGGGAUUAGGGCGAAGUGGACGAGCGUCUGUGGAGGGAAAGCCUAACCUGGUUGAUAUAGAGGAUAAAGGAGUUGAGUAGUUACGAAGUACGCAUGCAGAUUUUGUUGAAGUGGGGAGAUGAUGAUGAGAUAUAUGGUAAGAUGAAGCAGAGAUACGAAAUUGGACAAGUAUGCAGGAUGGGAGAAGAGGUUGAUGUGAAGUACGCAUGUGGAUUUUGUUGAGUGUAUGGGUCAAAGUAAAGAUAA